AUGGAUAUAGACUUUUGUUCGCAUCAUCUCUUGGCCUAUGACAAUUCUAUAAUUAACGACCAAAAUGAGAUAAAAGCCAAAGUUGAACAAAAUCUUCCUCUUAUCUUUGAAAAAAUAAAUAAACUUCAAAAAGAAAAAGAAGAUGAUGAUGAUGAUAUUAUAUAUUCUGUAACAGAUGAGAAUAUUUUUAAUAUACCCAGAUAUUCAAGAAUUCCUAAAGAAAAGAAAAAAACGAAAUGGCAAUUAUUUGCUGAAAAUAAAUUAAGAAUGAAAAAAAAUAAAAGUGGAUUAAUUUAUGAUAAUACAUCCAAAGGAUGGGUAAGACGUUUCCAAAAAAAACAAAUAAAAUUAAAUGAACAGAAAAAUAAUUUUGUUCAUGAAUAUAAAAAUAAUGAUGAUAUCUAUGAAGAUCCAUUCGAAAAAGAACAAGAAGAAAAAGAUAUCAAAAAAAUGAAACAAAAAAUGAGGGAACUCAAAAAUAAAUUUGAUCAAAAAGGAGUUUCUACAGAAGAUAUUAAAUAUAUUCAAAGACAAAAAAGAAAAAGAGAAAAUCUUAUUGACAACCUUAAAAUGGCACAAAUUUCUUCCUCAACCUUUGGACGUAAAGAUAAAAAAUUGAAGAAGGAAAAAAAAUUAAAAUUGCAAAAUGAUAAAAUUACCAACCAGAAGUAUGAAAAACGAGAUCUAAAAGAUGAAGUAAAACAAAAUAACAGAUUAGCAGCUCUUGUUUUGAAAUCUGUAUAA